UCCAAUUACUAUAAAAAUUCCCUUGUAAGAUCCUUUUAUUACAAGAUAUACUAUAUAAGCCCAACAAAAUACAUAUACAAUCAAUUACUCGAUCAUAGAUAACCCAACUCAUUUUCUUACGUACGCGAUUACGUAGUCGUAAUCAUGUGAACGUGUCGUCCUAUAAACAUUUCGGGAUUAGGUAGUGGCGAACGCGUGCCAGUCAGACCCUAGCAUUGUGGUCACCAGGAUUGUCGUUCCCUACCAUUUUCUAAGGGAUUCUCUCCUACCCCAAGUUCUUACAAGGGUUGGGCACUAUAUAAGCGAAACUGCACCCCCUCUCGUUCUAUACGGUUUUGAAGAACCGUCGUGUGAACACAUUUUACCAAAAAAUCGAUUCUCGAAAUUCGUUAAAAAACUAUUUUAGUUUCGAAUAAUUACUGCGAGAAAAUCUUCAAGAAAACGUGCACGAUUUGGAACUACGAUAGAGUGAUAUUGUUGUGAUACAUCAGUGACCGGUGCGUGACCUCGGAUUAACUAUUAAAUGAUGAUAAACUGCAGAAUGAAUCCCUUUUUCCAAACGGUGGUGGAUAAUGUACAAGCAAAAGAAUGCACUUCUAACGAAGAUACUAGCAUGCAAUUUUCUGACUCGAUACUAGACUUGUCUUUUAAGAAAGCAACAAUCUCGAAGGAGUCAGAAAAUUUCAGUUUACAUUCAAACUCACUCGAAACAAACACAACGCAACAAGAUCAAGUUGAGCGUUCUUCAAACACUGAAAGGAGUUCUUUGGAGGUUCGAAAAUUUAUAAUAACGCCACCUUCCGAAUGUGAAUCAUCGAAAAAAAUUGAACACGAGCCAGCUCACAAUUUUACGGACGCGCCAUUGCAAAAUGGUGGUUUUUCCACUUCGCCAAUGGACAUUUCGAUUCCAUUCAUUCCUACUAUAUUGUCAACAUUAUUGAAUCCAAAUAAUGAAACUAUUAAUUCAAAGCAAUUUUUUAGCCCCCCCACCACGUUGAUUGCAGAUUCUAACAAAAAUUCGUUAUACAAUUUGCCUAUAGAUAUUGCAAAAAAUACAAGACCGUUUAAGGCUUAUCCAAAAGAUCCAUUAUCGCUCACUAUAGGAGGAACCGAAUUAGUGUACGAUCUAGAAUCCAGCGAAGCUUAUUCGGAGUUUCGAAAGCGAAUGCUGGAAACGAUGAAACAAUCGAACGAAGGCAUGAUAACAAAGAUGAGAAAAGUCACGAAAAGUCCUGUGCCAACGAGCACUGCUGAUGAGAAAGAUGCAGCUUAUAGAGAAAGAAGAAGAAAGAAUAACGAAGCCGCAAAACGCUCUAGGGACGCACGAAGAGCCAAGGAAGAUGAGAUUGCUAUCAGGGCAGCUUUUUUAGAACACGAAAAUAAGAGACUUAAAUAUGAACUUUCAGUACUUAAAAACGAAACAGCCAAGUUAAUGGCUUAUUUGAGCUAGGCUACUUUUAUAUUAAUCGUCGGUAAUAAAAAAAAAAAA